CUUCCGUAUUUACACACCCACCCCCUUAAAAAAAAAAGGAAAAAGAAAACAGAGGCACACACACAGGGCUCACCAGCGGCCGCCGCCGGGGGGUGAAUGUUUACCUAACAAGCAUAGAGUGGUGGUGUAGAAAGUGACAGUCACACUGGAGCCGUGCUGUAUGGUGAACACAGGUGAUUUCUGCUUCCACGGUUGCAUUUUACAGCGGAAUGUUCACUCGAAGGGGGCAUGGGGACGUCAAGAAAUCUACACAGAAAGUUCUGGACCCAAAGAAGGAUGUCCUGACCCGGCUGAAGCACCUGCGGGCGCUGAUAGAUAUUGUGGACAAGAGUGAACUGAAGGCAUUCUUUGAAGGCAACUGCUCGCAGAUUUAUUUUAUCUUCUAUGAAAAUUUCAUAACACUGGAAAGCAGCUUGAAACAAAAAGGAAAUAAAUCUCACAGGGAGGAGCUGGACUCUAUCCUCUUUAUUUUCGAAAAAAUUCUUCAACAUCUGCCUGAGAAAAUCUACAACAGAUGGCAGUUUCACAGCAUAGGUUCUAUUCUGAAAAAACUUCUGCAUACUGGAAAUUCAUUUAAAAUCCGCUGUGAGGGCAUCCGUCUCUUCCUGCUGUGGCUCCAGGCCCUAAGGGACAACUGUGCUGAGGAGCAGUUCCUUAUCUUUGCCUGUCUGGUCCCAGGAUUCCCUGCUGUUCCCUCCUCCAGAGGACCCUGCACGCUUGACACCAUCAUCAACAACCCAUCCUCUAACCCCCUAGAUGCCAAGGUAGUGCCUGAGGAGAUAACGCCGUUGCUUCCCGCUGUGUCUGGAGAGAAAGUUGUAGAAGACCUGACCUGUUACUUUCUUGAAACACUACUCAAGUACAUGGUCAUUCAGGCAUCCAGCUUAGAAUGGAAGAACAAAGAGAACGAAGACACAGGCUUCAGGUUUCUCUUCAGCCUUUUCAAGAAGUACUACCUUCCACAUCUGUUCCCCUCCUUCACCAAACUCACCAAUCUUUAUAAGCCUUUGUUAGAACUUCCUCCGCUCAGAUCCAAACCCCUAUAUGUACCGGUGACGCGGAACAAUGAGAGCACCUUCUGCACGAGGGAUCAGUACUUGGCACCCAGAGUUGCCUUCAUCACCUGGCUUGUCACCUUCUUCCUGGAGAAGAAGUAUGUCAACAGUACUGCUGCAGCGCAGAGCGCCAGGAAUGGAACUGAGGUCAUUCCUAAACUCAUCCAGACUGUUACUGCAGGCAGUAGCAGCCAGGAGAAGGAGAAAGAUAAGACCUCUGAUGGGGAUUCUAACGGACCACAAGGGGAUACGGAAAAGAGCCACUCCAACAGCAGCACGCUGUCUGACCGACGGCCCAGUGAUUCCAGCUUGUGUAGCAUCGAGGAGGAGCACAAGCAUGUCUACGACAUGGUGCACUCCAUUCUGCUGUCCACAAGGGACAAUGUGAACUUUGUCAACGAAGUCUUCCAUCAGGCUUUCUUAUUGCCAUCCUGUGAAGCCUCGGCAACCAGGAAGGUGAUUAAAGUGUACAGAAAGUGGAUCCUGCAGGAGAGGCCCAUCUUUAUGAACGAGCCUGACCCAACUACACAGGAGGAUGAAGUGGAUGAAAACACUGAGCGCAUUCUAAGAGCGGAUGCAAACUGCAUGCAUGCGUUUGAGAGUCAUGGUCACAAACGAUCGUCAAGCUGGGGGAGGACCUAUUCGUUCAGCAGUGCCAUCAAUCGGGGUUUUCUCACCGAGGAAGAGAACAGAGACGUCAAAGCUGGCAUGCAGCCCACACUACAGGUAUUCCUGACCAACUCAUCCAAUGUGUUCCUGUUGGAGCCAUGUCAGGAUGUGCCAAAACUCCUGGAAAACCAGGUUGAGGUUUGCAAGAAUGUUCUCAGCAUCUACCGGCACAUGAUCAUGGAGCACAGCAUGACUACGCAGACGUGGGAGCAGAUGCUGCAGGUGCUACUGAAGAUCACAGAAGCAAUAAUGAAGAGGCCACAAGAAAACCAAAGAAAAGACAGCUUUGCUGAAAGUUUAGCAUCUUUACUUUUUAGGACUAUUAUUGUGGCUUGGGUCCGAGCAAACCUCAACGUAUUUAUCUCUCGGGAGCUGUGGGAUGAGCUGCUGGCAGUGCUGUCCUCUCUUACCUGCUGGGAGGAGCUGGUGACAGAGUGGGCCGGCAUCAUGGACUCGCUGACGGCUGUGUUGGCACGCUCCGUUUAUGGCCUGGACAUGGCCAACUUGCCUUUAGACAAGCUCAGUGAACAGAAGGAGAAAAAACAGCGAGGACGUGGAGUAAUCCAGGAAUCCCAGAAGGCAGCUGCAGUUGCACGCUCAUUCUCACUGAGCUGGAGAAACCAUGGAGAGCAGGGUGGGCCUGGAGCCCAGGAGCCCAUGAGGAUUCGCUCUGCCACUACCUCAGGAGCGCCCGGUGUGGAGAAAGCCCGAAACAGUGUCCGCCAGAAGGCCUCCGCUAAGCGAAGCCAGUCCAUCAGCAACUGUGUCCAUCUUUACGAGGCUUUGCCCACUGCUAAAAGUGUCCCUAUGCUGCUCCACACUGUGAGCUCUUUCUUGCCUGGUAUCUCUUCUGGUAAUUCUGCUUGCUCUCAUAGACUCUCAGAUGUAGAGGAGUGUCAGCUCUCAGAAUGUGGAGGAGAGGAGGAGAUGGGAGGCAGGGAGAGUCCUCUGCAGCGGAGCAGCAGCACCUCAGACAUCACCCAGCAGCUGUCUGACACGUUGCCAGCCGAGAAGAGAGACUACUCCCCUACCUCAUGUGGUUCUGACAGCAGGAUGUCUGAGGGCAGGGCUGAGAGCAAUGAGCCACCAGUGAUAUUAAUCCGACGGAGCAGCAGUCCGACUGAGACGGAGAGCAGCACUGACGGACCCCUGAGUUACACACGACAGAAAAUCAGAGAUAAAAGUGAAAGCGUGAGUAGUGAGACAUCUAACGGCUACUUCAAUGAAGCUGAAGUCACCUGGCAUACAUUCGACGAGGAGGCCGACAAUCAGUCCACGCAGUCGGCUCACAUGGAUGUUACAGCCGACCCCCAGAACCAAGGCAGUCUGCUGCUCAGCCACAAUGACGCUCUAGCAGGUCCCGAGUGUGCCCUCCUCCCCCCCUCUGCUCCUCCCUACCACAAUUACCACUACCCCCAGAACCCCCCCUCUUCACCAGCCCUGGUGGUGCACACAGAGUGCCCGCGGGACUGUCCCCUGGAUGACACCAUACAUCAGUCUGUCUUACACAUGCCACACCGCUUGGACAGCAGUGAGUGUCUGGCCGAUGAUGUCAGCAUCAUCGCUGGGGGGACGCUAACGGGUUGGCAUCCUGAUUCUGCCUUCGUUCUGUGGAGGAGGAUUUUGGGCAUCCUGGGAGAUGUCAAUAACAUCCGCUGCCCCAAGAUCCAUGCCAAGGUUUUCUCUUAUCUCUACGACCUCUGGCACAAACUGGCCAAGAUCCGGGACAAUCUUGGGAUAAGCGUGGAUAACCAGUCCUCACCACCCCAGCCUAUGUUCAUCCCUCCUCUUCGAAUGCUUGCGUCGUGGCUCUUCAGGGCAACCAUGCUCCCAGCAGAGUUCAAGGCUGGUAAACUGCAGGCAUACAAGCUAAUCUGUGAGAUGAUGACCAGACACCAGGAUGUGCUCCCAAACAGUGACUUCUUGGUGCACCUGUACCACGUCAUGCACAAGGGCUUCACCAGCGAUGACCAGGAUGUUUUGAAUAACAUGGUCCGCUCCUGCUCGCCCCGCUUCUUCUUCCUCGGCCUCCCGGGCUUCACGAUGCUGCUUGGAGAUUUCAUCACUGCUGCUGAACGCGUCCUCUCCUCUGACUCCAGAGAGGCUCCCAGGAUAGAGGCUCAGACGAUCUUGGGUUCACUCGUCUGCUUUCCCAACCUGUACCAGCAGAUUGCUAUACUCAAAAGUGUGCCUGGCUCUAAUGACGUCAGUGUAGGCAAUGACAAUCUCAAGAAUAAUCUGGUUGGGAUUCUUCUGGGUGCAGCUACUAAGGAGCAUUGUGAAGGAGCAAGGUGCAUUGCUGUAUGCAGCCUGGGCCUGUGGGUAUGUGAGGAGCUCAUGCAAAAGACCAUUCACCACCAAGUAAAAGAUGCCAUCAAUGUUCUGGGAGUAACACUAAAGUUCGGGAACAAAACAGUGGCCCAAGUCGCCUGUGACGUGUUUCAGCUGCUGAUCUCUCACUGGGAACAUCUCCAGAGGCUGGACCCUGCUCUUCCAAAGGAAAUCAUUGAGAUCUUUGUGGCGACAAUAGCCUUUUUGUUGCCAAGCGCAGAGCACUCAACUGUGGAAGCAGAAAAAAAGCUAAUUGUUUCACUGCUGCUUUGCCUGCUGGAUUGGUGUAUGGCCGUCCCCCUAAGUCUGCUGCUAGAGCCAAUCACCAUGUCUUCUCUGGAGCCGCACUCACCCAGCAAGGCCCCGCUUUUGGACUAUAUCUACAGGGUUCUUCACUGCUGCGUGUCCGGCUCCAACCUGCACACCCAGCAGAGCCACUACCUCCUCAGUCUGUCGGACUUGUCCAGCGAUUACGACCUGAUGCUGGGUCAGGUUAAGAGCGUCGAGCCCACACCCUCGCAAACAACCACAGCAGACUUUGGAAACCUGUUGACGGUAGCUGAGGAAAAGCGUCGUCGAAACAUGGAGCUCAUCCCUCUGACGGCGCGGGUAGUCAUGACUCAUCUGGUGAACCAUCUUGGCCACCAUCCCCUUAGUGGCGGUCCGGCUCUCCUUCACAGCCUUGUGAGCGAAAACCACGACAACCCGUACGUGGAGUCGUCUGAGUUGUCCUCCGAGGUCUUUAAAAGCCCCAACCUACAGCUGUUUGUCUUCAACGACAGCACGUUGGUGUCCUACCUGCAGAUCCCAGCAGAGAUCCCCACUGCAGGUCAGCCCCCGCACCCUUCCUCCCAAGUUCGCAUAAUUGUCCGAGACAUUUCGGGAAAGUACUCUUGGGAUGGGACGAUCUUGUACUGCACCACGCAGGAGGACUCUGUUAAUGUGGGGGUUUUCCAUCCAGUUGAUCCACCUAUUUCAAAAACCCCCAGUGCACACAGCAGAAGCCAGCCAGCCUCUCCGCUUAAAGGACAUUUCAAAACUCCCUGCUCAGCCUCAGAAUCCCUCUCUUCCUUCUGUGAAGAAGAUGAGGUUGAUGUGCUGGACAAGCUUUUGGAGGAGCUCAGCCACAGCAGCCCAGAAUGCCUCCCUCAACCACAGCUCAGGCUCAAUCAGCCAGCGCCUUCGCCUCAUGGCAUGAACUUGGAACAAGAGAACGCUAUAUUGGAGGCCAUUCUCCAUCAGACUCAGCAGGAGGAGGAGCAAGUUAAGAAGUGGGAUGCUGAUUUGAGCUUUCGGGCGGCCUGUCAGAGAGAACCCUCGCACCAGGAACCCAAAUCUCCUUUCUACUUCUGCAGACUGCUUCUCAAUGAUCUGGGCAUGAACUCAUGGGAUCGCAGAAAAAGCUUCCACUUACUGAAGAAAAACUCCAAACUUUUAAGGGAAUUGAAGAACUUGGACUCCAGGCAGUGCCGAGAGACUCACAAAAUUGCUGUGUUCUACAUCGGAGAAGGCCAAGAAGACAAGUGCUCUAUCUUGUCGAACAGCGCAGGCAGCCAGGCCUAUGAGGACUUUGUAUCUGGACUGGGAUGGGAGGUGGACCUGGCCACACACUGUGGCUUUAUGGGAGGACUCCAAAGGAAUGGAAGCACAGGCCUAACAGCUCCCUACUAUGCUACCUCCACCGUAGAAGUCAUUUUCCACGUAUCCACAAGAAUGCCAUCUGACUCUGAUGACAGCCUCACCAAAAAGCUGCGUCACUUGGGCAACGAUGAGGUGCACAUCGUGUGGUCCGAGCACACCAGGGACUACCGCCGUGGCAUCAUCCCAACUGACUUUGGAGAUGUGCUCAUUAUCAUCUACCCGAUGAAGAAUCACAUGUAUUUCAUACAGAUCAUGAAGAAGCCUCAGGUUCCUUUCUUCGGACCUCUGUUUAAUGGCGCCAUUGUCACUGGGGCGCUAUUGCCAAGUCUGGUACGAGCCACAUGUAUCAACGCCAGCAGAGCUGUCAAGUCCCGGCUGACUCUCUACCAGAGCUUCUACGAGGAGAGAGCACUCUACUUGGAAGCCAUUGUCCAGAACCACAGAGAGGUCAUGACCUUUGAAGACUUCGCUUCGCAGGUCUUCUCCCCCUCCCCUGCCUAUUCAGCGAGCGGGACAGGAUCCCUCACUGGCAGCCUGAGCCCCGAAGCAGGAAAUACGACGGACUCAGUGGAGCAGGUGUCUCCCACCCUGCCCCGCUCCACCAAACAAAGAGUUUCGGGAAAACUCCGCAGAUCAGCGAGCGCUAUAAGCAAAUCUUCAAACUGAGCUCUUCAACCCAUUCCCAAGAGCGAAGCCUUUAAUCUGCUGUGGAAGAACCUCACACACCCUGCCGGGACUGCAAGAUUGUUUUUCGUUGUCUUUUUUUUUUUUUGUGUGAUAUAAACAUUAACUUGAGCGUGUUGUAAUUUUUAAUUUAAAGUGGCUAUCGAUGAUCUUUGUCUCUGCAUUUCAGUUUAACUAGCUUAAUUGAAACUAAACUCUGUUUAUUACGGUGGAAUCAUAGGAAGACUUCUGUCUUAAUGCAAACUGAUCCAAGUGGGAUUUCUUUCUAAGAUUCUAGAGCUCGCUGAAAGCGCUAGAAAAACUGAUGUUCUUACUAUAGUAAGGAAACGGGGAGCAGUUAAUUCAACACUUUAUGUAAAGCACUGAAUGAUACAGUUGGUGCUAAACUUGCACAGGAGAUUGGUGUCCUUUUAAAUAUGUCUUUUUACCUCUUUUUUGCAUCCGCCUCUGCCUUCCUGUGUCCAUGGUGCCACAUUAGGUUGUGACUGAAGCGCUUUUUCCUGCUCUGUAGCAGCAGUUUGCUCAACAUUUAAGGCAGACAUGCAAUUUUUAAAAAACUUUCUAGGUGUAUAUGUACGCCAAGCACUACCACACCUGUCGCUGCAGCGUCCAGUUUUUUCUUGUUUGUUUGUUUUUCUCCAUCGGACAAUCGAUGGCUUCCUUCCAACUAAAAUGAAAUUUGCUUUUGUAUUUUUUUACUGCUCUCAUUUUCCACUUUAAAUGAAUUCCAAUAGAUUCUGUCACUAUUUGAUUUAUGCAUCUCUGCUGGAAUGAGAAAAGACUGCAUUUGUAAUUGUUCUAUGAUGACAUUAACUUGGGCUCAUGUCCGGUAAUUGGAUAAGUUUCCUCCUGUCUCUUUCCUCUGCCAUCACUUUCUCCUGUCCUAUGAUGACACAGACAUUCCGACGUUCCCAACCUACCGACCUUUUUGCACUCGCUCAUCAUUCGCAUUGAAUGCUCCUCUUUUGAAGUUUGUUUGGGAUUCAAUUUGCUUUAAUGUUUUGCCUCCAUGUUUGCUAAGUUCAAUGAUUUGAUGAGUUGUUUUAUUGUGUAGUUAUAUGAAUCGUUUGCUGUUUAGAGGAAAAAACCGUCAGACCCUCAGGUGAAACUUUAUUUCAUGCACUGGUUUAUGUAUGUAUGUAUAUAUGUGAUGUAUGCAACCCUUUAGAGUGUCCUCAUGUACAUUAUUCUGUGAUGGAGCUUCUCACAGUGCCUGUUUAAAAACAAGGACUAAUUGAACUAGAGAUGCACCAAUCUGAGCUUUGUGGCCAACGCCGAUCUUACACCAAUCUGAUUCUUCUUUAAGAAUCAUAAAUUAAACAUUUCAUUUUUUUUUUUAUGCAGCCAUGGUGGUUUGCUGUUGAACAGGGUUAACUAUAAUCUUCUUAAAAAGGCCAAGUGAUGUGAGAUGACAUUUAAAACUGACUUUUAAAUUGGCAAUUAGCGCAGUUGUUGAACCUAGAAUUACUAAAACAGCAGCUUUCAUUUAUAUUAAGGACUUUAAAUGCCUAAACUCUGGGAAUGCAGCAUGAGGCAAGACGAUACAUGACUCAGUGACAAUAUUUAAGCUAUUUUCGGGUGGGAAAUGCCCUCCCACCCCCUCCUCAUUUAAUUAGUUUUAGUUUUUUUAAAGUCUCACACUUCAUUUCACAUUUGAAACCAGAUAUGGUAGAGUGGAGAUUCAAAUAACUCUUUAUUUUAGCACACAGGUCUUUCCUCUCUGGCUCAUAAACAUUGAUGUAAAUGAGGAGGCUUCCUCGCUGCUAUUGUUGCCGGCAGAAUUUUUUUAACAACUAAAUAACCUCCUUUUUAUUUUUAUAGUAAGUUUUGCAAGCAUCUAAACAGCGCUGCUCUAUUCCUAUUUAGUAAAAGUAGAAAAUCGUAACCCUGCUGCCAAUACUUGCAGAGCCUUCACAUCCGUAACAGAUGGUGGUUUAAAGCUCAGCAGGAUAAAAUAGAACAUUUAGCCUUCCUGGUUUCUGCUAAGAGAUUUGCUCUCUCCACUGCCCAUAUUAACUGCAGCUACGUAAUAGAGAAUACUGAUACUAAACAUUAGCAAACUUCGAGUCUUCAUCAGUUACAGCGUCCACACCAAAGGUUGGCGUUCCUAUGGUGACAGACUGAAGUAUGGUUGCUCAGUAAUUUUUUGGGGGGGGAUAAAGCUGGUAUUUGAAUGGCUGGUCACCAGCUGAUUUCUUGGUGCAUCUUUUAAUAAAUUUAAUAAAAGGCUCCCUUUUCACCAUAUUGAGCAUUUAUUAAAUAUUUCACCUCUUUGGCCAAGUGCUCUUUUCCCUCUGCAUCUCUAACGAUCAGUAUCUUGUGCCUCCCACAAAAACAGGUGGAUCAAGGAUCAUUUAUAGAAAGCUACUCCGUCCUCAUCUCAGGAAGUAGUUGAGUGUAACCAACUCCUUCUCUUUCCCAUGAUCCUCUCUCUCUUUUUCCUGGUGUCCUCCUGAGGCCCAGGCUCCUUGGGAGGAGCUGACUUCAGCUUUAGGUGUAGUGCCAGAGCUAAACUCUCACCACACCUCUUGGCAACAGCUAGCUCAGCACCGCUCUUAACCUGCAUGCUCAGGUUGCCAUGGUAGCCAGGUGUCCUCCCCUCCCUUGAUUUCCCUCCACCCCAAUGCACUCACUCUGAGAGCUCCACCCAAGCUGCAACACUAUCCCCAUCUGUUGCACCUCUAUGCCUUACUGUCUUUCUCCAGCAUCUCACCACCUUUUGUUUUGCUCAUUCCUACAGCAGAAUAUGUGGAGUCGAAACAGCAAGCGGUCCACAGAAAUGUUUUUGUGCUUUUUUUUUUUUCCCUCUUUGGUUUUGUUUUUAAGAAUGUAUGAAUAUAUAAGCCUGCAUCCAAGCUGUGGCUUUUGUUUUUCCCAAAAGUUUCUCAAAGGAUAUACCCACUAUGUUGAUCUAAAGAUUGUAGCUUGUAGAAUAACGUCUUUUGAAGAGAUAUUUUACUCCUCUUUUAGUGGCUUAGUAGCUGAAAGUGUCUGGACCAAGAUUCUGCAUCUUAUAUUUGUGAAGAAAAUGAGUUGAGUCUUAGACUUGUUAUUUUUCUCUUCUCGUUUUAGAAAUCCUUGUACAUUGUUUCAAUUUCCAGGGCCACCAUUGCCCUCUUAAUAUAAAUAUAUAAUAAUGCCUGUAAUAUAAUCUUUGUAUGAGAGAGCAAAAAAAGCUUGAAAUUUUCAUCAUUUGUCAACAUAUCAAACUGUUUUUAAUGACCGAAGUCCUGCUAUCUUCACUGGAAACGUGAAAAUU